AUGUUUAGCAAAAAUGAAGAUCAAUUUAUGAGCUCACUAAGACCCUAGAGUGUGGAAUUUCAUGAGAAAAAAGGUCAUUUCUGGACCAUUGAAAUCCCAAGUCAUAUUUAAGAACACCUGCAACAUGAUGAAUCGAAUAUGAAUGCUCAAAUAAUUUAUCCAUUCUGUGAUAAAAUGAAGACGAAUUUAUUUAGAGAGUAAUAUCAACAGGCAUAUAUUGAUGUAUUCAAAGCCAUCGAAUAAGAAAUGAUUACCCAUUCUGCCUACAUCUCAGUUGGGAUAUUGGACAUGAAAUCCAAUAAUCCCAUAUUGGGAAUAGACAACUAUUCAAUGACUUAAGACAUCAUAGACGCUUUCAUUUAAUGUACUCCCAAAAUCCAUAAAUUAAUAUUCAUAUCUGAAGUUGAAUCUCAGGCAUUCAUAAUGGGAAUGGCAUUGAAAGAUAAGACGCGUCAUCUGCAGGAUCUUACAAAUGUAUUUGUAGAACAAGAUAAACAAAAACCUGAUGAACCAGAACAAGCAAAUCAAGCAGAUCAAAUUAUAGAACAGUAGGAAAUUCCCAUAAGGGUUGAAUUAGAAAUACAAUUUAAACAAGAUGAGGACAUUUAGCUCAAUUCAAAUAAUGUCUAAUCGUAAAUUCAGAAAUUGAAUUCCCAAGUUCAGAGGAUUCAGAAACCCACUGUGGUCAGUUAUCACAAUGGACACAAAUGUAUAGAUGAUCUUAUUUAUAUGAUUAGAAAACAUUGCCUAUUAAUUCUUUAGAGAAUUCAGUGUUCCUUUGAAUUAAUAAAGUGGGUGAUUCAAGUCCAAUGUGUCUGUGUGGUAGAAACAUCAAGAUCAGAGUCGAAGGUAAUUUAUGUUGUUAUUGCGGAAUGCAUAGAUCCACUAUAUUAUAAUGCGAAUAACGAGUAAGAUUGUUAGUAAUUUAGGCAUGUGGAAGAUAGUAUUGUGCCAGUUGUAUUAAUCCUGCUAAACUUUUUAAUGUGUGUUUUUAAGGCCAUUAAAUGA